CAGGCGGGAGGGGUGGGGGGAGAUGGCCGCUGCCCUUGUGUCCUGAGAGGGACAGUACUUCUGGCCGUCACUGCAGGAGGGACCCCUGCCCCGGCCCAACCCCAUCGGGCCAGGGCAGUCCAUUCCGGGGGGUGGCUGGGGCCACCGAGACCCCCCAGCUCCGAGGGCUUUGGAGGCUGGGUGCCGAGUGUCCUGCUGGAAUUCGGCCUGGCCGCCGUCCUUCCGGGGACAGCGCCAUUUCGCCGCCUGGGGACAGCGCCAUUUUGCAGUAGGGCCGCCUGUUUCCUGUGUCCCUGUGUGAUGGCCGUCUGACCCCUCCGCCCAGAGUGAGCUGCCCACGGCCAGGUGUGCGAAGAUGUCCCAGUCCGCCCAGCCCACCACCACCGAUGAGGGGGCCACGUUCCAGCACCUCUGGAGCUCCCUGGAGCCGGACAGCACCUAUUUUGAUCUUCCGCCGUCGGGCCGGGGGAAUGAGGAGGUGGCAGCGGGCGCGGAGGCCAGCAUGGAUGUCUUCCACCUGCAGGGCAUGACCACGCCUGUCAUGUCCCAGUUCAAUUUGCUGAGCAGUACCAUGGACCAGAUGAGCAGCCGCGCGGCCCCGGCCAGCCCCUACACCCCGGAGCACGCCGCCAGCGUGGCCACCCACUCGCCCUACGCGCAGCCCAGCUCCACCUUCGACACCAUGUCCCCGGCGCCCGUCAUCCCCUCCAACACCGACUACCCCGGCCCCCACCACUUCGAGGUGACCUUCCAGCAGUCGAGCACGGCCAAGUCGGCCACCUGGACGUACUCCCCGCUGCUGAAGAAACUCUACUGCCAAAUCGCCAAGACGUGCCCCAUCCAGAUCAAGGUGUCCUCCCCGCCGCCCGCGGGCACUGCCAUCCGCGCCAUGCCCAUCUACAAGAAGGCGGAGCACGUGACCGAGGUGGUAAAGCGCUGCCCCAACCACGAGCUCGGGCGGGACUUCAACGAAGGGCAGUCCGCCCCGGCCAGCCACCUCAUCCGCGUGGAGGGCAACAACCUCUCCCAGUACGUGGACGACCCUGUCACCGGCCGGCAGAGCGUCAUGGUGCCCUACGAGCCCCCGCAGGUGGGGACGGAAUUCACCACCAUCCUUUACAACUUCAUGUGCAACAGCAGCUGUGUCGGGGGCAUGAACCGGCGGCCCAUCCUUAUCAUCAUCACCCUGGAGACUCGGGAUGGACAGGUGCUGGGCCGCCGGUCCUUCGAGGGCCGCAUCUGUGCGUGUCCCGGCCGAGACCGCAAAGCGGACGAAGAUCACUACCGCGAGCAGCAGGCCCUGAGUGAGAGCGCCGCCAAAAGCGGGGCCGCCAGCAAGCGCGCCUUCAAGCAGAGCCCGCCUGCCAUCCCUGCCCUGGGCACCAACGUGAAGAAGAGGCGGCACGGGGACGAGGACGUGUACUACAUUCAGGUGCGGGGCCGGGAGAACUUUGAGAUCCUCACGAAGAUCAAGGAGGGCCUGGAGCUGAUGGAGCUGGUGCCUCAGCAGCUGGUGGACUCCUACAGGCAGCAGCAGCAGCAGCUCCCGCCAAGGCCCAGGAGCCACCUGCAGCCUCCGUCCUACGGCCCGGUCCUCUCACCCAUGAGCAAAGUGCAUGCGGCCGGGAACAAGCUGCCCUCGGUCAACCAGCUGGUGGGCCAGCCUCCCCCGCACAGCUCCUCGGCCGGGCCCAACCUGGGGCCCAUGGGCGCAGGGAUACUCAACAACCACGGCCACGCCCUGCCGGCCAAUGGAGAGAUGAACGGUGGGCCGAGCGCCCAGUCCAUGGUCUCGGGGUCCCACUGCACCCCCCCACCCCCCUACCAUGCUGAUCCCAGCCUGGUCAGUUUUUUAACAGGAUUGGGGUGUCCAAACUGCAUCGAGUGUUUCACCUCCCAGGGGCUACAGAACAUUUACCACCUGCAGAACCUAACGAUAGAGGACCUCGGGGCCCUGAAGAUCCCCGACCAGUACCGGAUGACUAUCUGGAGGGGCCUCCAGGACCUGAAGCAGAGCCACGACUACGGCGCGCAGCAGCUCGUCCGCUCCAGCAGCAACGCGGCUACCAUCUCCAUCGGCGGCUCGGGGGAGCUGCAGCGGCAGCGGGUCAUGGAGGCCGUGCACUUCCGCGUGCGUCACACCAUCACCAUCCCCAACCGCGGGGGCCCGGCCGGGGGCGCGGGGCCGGACGAGUGGGCCGACUUUGGCUUCGACCUCCCGGACUGCAAGUCUCGAAAACAGUCCAUCAAGGAAGAGUUCACAGAGAGCGAGGCCAACUGACGGGGCGGGAGGGCGCGCCGGGGACCCCCUGACCCGGUGCCUUGGGACCCCCUUGCAGGAGAGCAGCGAGCGGGGCCUCUGGGCCUGGGGGCCCCAGGAGGCUGCACUUGAGCUCUGCCUCCGUUCGUCUCAAACUGCCGUGGGAGGACCUCUGGAGCCGUGCUGGGAAAGGGCUGGUCCAGCCCGGCGGCCGCCGCACCGCAGGCUGAGCACCCAGGCUGUGCAAGGGUGUGCGCCCAGAGCCCACCUGUCUCCCGGGUGGGCCUCCCCCUGCUGCCCCACCUUCCUGGGGCUCCGCUGACUGACUGCCAAAAAGGAUUUUUGAUGCCUGGAUUGGGGUAGCAACCAGCGGCUUGGUGGUUGUACCUAAACACCUCUGCUUUCGGGUCAAGCCCCAAACCAUGUCUCUGUCCCAGGCUGGUCCCUCUGCUGGACUUGAGGGUCAGCCUGCCCCUUGCACCCCUGACCGCUCAUGCGAACCCUCCUGCAGCCAUUUUCCACUUCCUACCCUAAACAAGAGCGAGUUUCAGUGGAACUGGAGAACACUGGUCCUCUCUGAGAGGCAAGGAAGCUUCUGGUCAGCAGCCUCCGGCCAACACCCAUGCCAGCACUUCUGGCUGCUGUCACCUCUCUCCAGUGGCCUCAGCACAGACGAGGACAGCAUGCUCCAAACUUCUGGAAAUUGUCAAUAUUUGAUAAAAUUAUACCGUUUUGUACAUGG